AUAUUAUGUUGCGCUGAUUGCACUUUUGCCAGUAGUUGCAUAUGGUUGCAUAUACAUAUAGAAACAUAAGAAGGCGAAAAGAAUAAGGAGAGAUUCACUUGUGUAGUAGUAAAUACAUAAAAAUUGAAUCACUAUGUUUCUCUCUUCGCGUGCCAUUCGCGCCGUUUAUCAGAACUGUAGAAGUAUUAGAGGACUACAAACUUCAAAUGUUCUUACAUCUGACCAGUUGUUUAUUCAUAGAGAUAGUGAAGUGGACAAUCCAAAAAUCCCAUUUGAAUUCAAUGAGGCAAAUAAGAAACGUAUUGAAGCUCUUUUAAAAAUUUAUCCGGAAGGACAUAAGCGUGGUGCUAUGAUACCUCUGUUAGAUUUAGCUCAACGUCAACAUGGAUGGCUACCUAUUUCUGCUAUGCACAAAGUGGCAGAAAUAUUGAAUUUACCUCAUAUGAGGGUCUAUGAAGUAGCUACAUUUUAUACUAUGUUCAAUAGAAGACCAAUGGGAAAAUAUCAUGUGCAAAUCUGUACAUGUACACCCUGUUGGUUAAGAGACUCUGAUUCUAUUGUAGAUGCUGUAACAAAAGCUACAAAUUGCAAAGUUGGAGAGAUGUCUGAAGAUAAAUUGUUCACAGUGUCUGAAGUUGAGUGUCUUGGAGCUUGUGCGAAUGCACCAAUGUUUCAAGUUAACGAUGACUAUUAUGAAGACUUGACACCUGAAAGUACUACCACUAUAAUAAAUGCAUUAAAGAAAGGAGAAAGGCCACCACCAGGUCCACAAAAUUCACCCAGAUUUGCUGCGGAUCCUGCAGGUGGCUUAACGUCGUUAACAUCACCACCACCAGAACCUGGUUUUGGUGUCAGAUCCGAUUUAUAAUUUUAUGCUCACAGAGUUAGUUUAUUGAACACUUUAUGAGUGGAAUAGAAAUAAUGUAGUGUUUAUAUAGACGAUAAAGCAAUAAUUAAACAAUUUCCAAGUUUAAUUUAUUGCACGUUAAAAAACCUUUU